AUGUAAUUACAAAUAUUUAUUGGAAAACUGUUAAUAUGUUUAAUUUUGAUUUGGGAAGGAAUGCAAAUGAUUGAUUUACCUAUAAAAGCAUUAUCAAAUUUUAAAAAUCAUCAUUAAUUAAUCUGGAGAUUAGGUGAAUAAUUUUUUCUCGAAAAUUUAUCUGAAGAUGUAUAAGAUUUUAUUAAAAAUAUAAUAUAGAAUAAUCCUUUUUCUGGAGAACAUAUUUAUUAAUUCUUUUUAAUAAGUGUUGUAUAAGUUUUGGGUGCAUUAUAAGUAUUGUUGGCCACAUUUAUAUUUUUUGGAAAGAGUUGGGCAAAUAAGAUUUAAAUGGGAAUAAUUUUAAUGAAAUCAUAUUAAGGAAUAAGAGAAUAUAGUAUUUUGGAAUUAAUAUUCAUGAUUGGAAGAAUAGGAGGAUUAAUGAUAUGAAUUUAUUAAAAAAUGUAUAUACGUG